AUGGCUGAAAGCGGUGUUGUUCAAAUUCUGGAAAUUCGUGACGAGUUCGUUACGUGUGAGAUUUGUUGGGAGUAUUUUGAUGACAAGAACAAAGCUCCACGUAUCUUACCGUGCUUCCACAGUUUCUGCUGUCGCUGUCUGGAGUCGAUUUGGGAGAGGUCACCAGCUGGAGUAAGAUGUCCCAACUGUCGACAGGUUUGGCCUGUCCAAAGGAACAUACCAGGAACAUUUCCACAAAACAAGGUGUUGAGGAAUUUAACUGAAUAUGUUAACAUGAAAAACAAGCUGGAUAAAAUUAUGUGCAAUGAGUGCCCGAAAAGCUCGAUAGCAACAGUGCGUUGCGUGGAAUGUGAGGCAUUUAUGUGUCAAUUAUGCACAACAUGGCACCAAAAAUUUGCAAAGUUAAAGCAUCAUCACACAGUUCUUAUUUCGGAAGAUAUCAACAUGCUACAACAAGUCGUUUUCCAAAAGAAAGAUAUUUGCAAAAAGCACGAAUACAUCAAUUUGGAUCUUUUCUGCAAAACAUGUUUCACUGCCGUUUGUUCUUCGUGUGCUCUUAUUCCCCAUAGGGAUCAUGAGAUACUAGACCUCAAAGAUGUCUACCAAGCAAAGAAAUAUCAAGUCAGAGUAGUUUUGGGCGAUUUAGAAAAGUCGAAGGACAUAUCGGAAGGUUACAAAUACAAACUUGUUAAACAGAAUGAAGCACUAAGUGUUAUGAAACAACGACGCUUGCAAGAUAUUGAUGUUUCAUAUGAAAAAUGCAUCACAAUGCUGUCUGAGAAAAGACAACAAUUAAAAGAACAAGUCAUUUCUAACGUGGCCAGACAACAGGCUGACAGAAAUGAGAAAUUGGAGAUGCUAACGCUGUCGAAUGACAGAAAAACCCAACAUUCUCUUUACUGCCAACAAGCGUUGUCCUACGCAAGACCUGUUCAGUUCAUAGAAAUGUCUGAGGAUCUGGAGAAGGAAACCAGGAGGCUGCUAGAAAUACCUCAACUGUUGGAUAUGAAGAUGGAAGAGGGGUACGUAGAUCUGGAUACCUUUGAUCAGGUUUGUAAAAUCGUGCAGAAACCUGCAAUGGUGGUUGAUAUAUCGCAGAUAAAACCAUAUAUUGAGGUAACGGAUGCCAAGACAUUCAAAAAUUCCAAUGUGAUAAACGUUACAUUGCUACCAAAGGCAACUGAACUGGAGGAUCAACACAAAAUGUUACAAGCUACAAUUCAAUCACUCAUCAGAAAGAAGCAUGAAGUAAAACUGAAGGCUAACACUAGUUCAUUAGGUGUGGGAUGUUUUACAUACACACCAACGUGUACUGGACCUCACAGGUGUUUCAUCAGUCUCCGUGGACAUCAGUUGACUAAUGAUGGAAUUGUAUUUCACAGCAGAGACAAGGAUGAGGAUGUGUUGAAAAAAAUCCUCUUCGGUGCUGACGAUCAGUCAGGACAAUACAGAGAAGUUAUUUUACCAACUGUAGAGCUUGACCGGAAGAAGAUGAACAGGAAGACAUGUAGUAUUAACGAAUCUGGAAUUCUGGUCAACAAAAGUUCAGCAACAUCAACUUCUGACCAGACUUCCGGCCUGCAGCAUUUCCCUGGAGUGACUGCCAUAACGUGCAUUCCACGACGAGGAAUCUCUUACUGGGAGACGGAAGUGGACUGUAAGGUACUAGGAUCGGCAGAAUUACACAACGCCGCAGCAUUAGUCGGUGUUUGUAUAGACGGACAAUGUGACGAUGCACUGGGGAUUUUCAUGAACAAACAUGCUUGGGGUGUCGGUGUGGCCAGCUGUAGCUCUCACAACAGUCUCUGUUUAGUUGUUGUGUCACAUGGAGAGGAGCUGUGUGACUGUCCUGUGACAGGGUUUAAACACAACACACGACUCACUGUCACACUCGGGCUGUUAGUAGACUCAGACAACGCCACUCUCCACGUUAUCCGUGUUGACGACAACACAGUUUUACACUCAAUCCCAAACAUCGACGUGUCACGGCCGCUGAUGCCCAUGUUUGGUGUUAACGAUCCUCAAUAUUUCGAUGUUAAGAUGACAGUAUCAUCUGGCCCAGAUCUCUCGGUAAACCGCGAAUUGUUGGUCCUACUCUCGAGUUUAAUUAAAUAA